CCGAGAUACUUCCACCAGCGCACAUACACACACAGGCGCAAGCUACGUGUGCCAUCUUGCUUUUUCAUCGGAAAAUUUUCCAGAAAUUACGCUUGAAAAUUACGAAAAAAUCGCUACUAAAUGGAGUGAAUUUUUUUUUUAAAUUCAAAUUUAGUGCAAAUACGUGAAAUAAAGUCAAGUUUGGUGAAAAAUUCACCGCCAAACGACCGCUGGAGAAUUUUUUCAAUCAAACCAAAUGGGUGCGAAGCUGACGACGUAAAAAUUUUUGUGUGUACCAACGAAAGAGCGGAGAAAACGGACGGGCGAGAGCGCAAAGCGGAGAGACCGAGGAAACACUCGCGCAGGAAGAAGAAGCAGCAGCGACAGUUUUCUCUCUGAGUCUGUGUGUUUGCGUGUGCGCGCGCUUGUGUUGAGGAAAAUGAUGGAAAACUACGAGGAAAUUCGGAUGGGCCACAUUAAGGCCAAGGAUCUAGAUCUGGGCGACCAGGUGCCUGACGAUUCCCAGUUCUAUCCACCGGCCAAAUUUGAUUUUGGCGCCGAAAUUCUGGCCACAACGUCGACCGAGGCAAAGGCAGCAACAACGGCAACCAGAGAACUGAUUGGCAAAGCAAAUGGUGAAAUCAAAACAAAAACAUUGGAUGCCAGGGAAGAACAAGAAAUUGGCGCCAAUUUGGAGCAAGACAUCAAAUCUCCCUUAAAGCCGUUGGGAGAGGAUGAAGAAGAGGAAGAGGAGGAUGAAGAGGACGACGAGGAAGACGAGGAGGAGGUCACCGGAAACGAGGAUUCCAGCUCAGAUUGCUCCUCCUCCGUGGGUCCCGACUGGAAGUUGCGCUGGCUGCAACGGGAGUUCUACACGGGCCGUGUGCCCCGCCAGGUGAUUGCCAGCAUCAUGCCCCACUUCGCCACCGGACUGGCUGCAGACACCGAUGACUCUGUGCUGUGGGACUACCUGGCCCACCUGUUGAACGAACCCAAGCGACGUAACAAGCUGGCAUCUGUAAACACCUUCGAUGAUGUCAUCAGCUUGGUCAAGAAAUCGAAAAAGAUCAUUGUGCUGACAGGAGCCGGAGUAUCCGUAUCCUGCGGCAUCCCGGAUUUCCGCUCCACCAAUGGCAUAUAUGCUCGGUUGGCUCAUGACUUUCCCGAUCUACCCGAUCCACAGGCCAUGUUCGAUAUUAACUAUUUCAAACGUGACCCGCGACCAUUCUACAAGUUCGCCCGCGAGAUAUAUCCCGGCGAGUUCCAGCCCUCGCCUUGCCAUCGGUUUAUUAAGAUGCUGGAGACUAAGGGAAAGCUGUUACGCAACUAUACGCAGAACAUCGAUACCCUGGAGCGGGUGGCGGGGAUCCAACGAGUGAUCGAGUGCCACGGCUCCUUUUCGACAGCCUCUUGUACCAAGUGCCGGUUCAAAUGCAACGCUGACGCCCUGCGCGCGGACAUCUUUGCCCAGCGGAUUCCGGUCUGUCCACAGUGCCAGCCCAAUAAGGAGCAAAGUGUGGACGCCUCGGUGGCCGUCACCGAGGAGGAGCUGCGUCAGCUGGUGGAGAACGGCAUAAUGAAGCCGGACAUAGUGUUCUUCGGAGAGGGUCUGCCAGAUGAAUAUCACACGGUCAUGGCCACGGACAAGGACGUGUGCGAUCUGCUGAUCGUAAUUGGCUCCUCACUAAAGGUGCGACCCGUGGCCCACAUUCCCAGUAGCAUCCCGGCCACUGUGCCGCAGAUCCUCAUCAACCGUGAGCAGUUGCAUCACUUGAAGUUCGACGUGGAGCUGCUGGGCGACUCCGAUGUGAUCAUCAACCAGAUUUGCCACAGGCUGUCUGGAAACGACGACUGCUGGCGGCAGCUGUGCUGCGAUGAGUCAGUGCUCAGUGAGAGCAAGGAGCUGAUGCCCCCAGAGCACCAUACCCAUCAUCAUGUCAGCCAUCACCUUCACCACCACCGCCACUGCAGUUCGGAGAGCGAACGGCAAUCGCAACUAGACACGGAUACACAGUCGCUCAAAUCCAAUGGCUCAGCAGACUACAUUCUGGGAUCAGCUGGCACCUGCUCCGAUAGUGGAUUUGAAUCCUCAACUUUUACUAGUGGAAAACGUUCCACUGCUGCCGAAGCGGCAGCCAUAGAACGCAUAAAAACAGACAUACUGGUGGAGCUGAAUGAGACCACCGCCCUUAGCUGCGAUCGUUUGGCUGCCGGAGCGCCGCCAACAACAGUUGAAAGCUAUCGUCAUCUUUCCAUCGACUCCUCCAAGGACAGCGGCAUCGAGCAGUGCGACAACGAAGCCACCCCCAGCUAUGUGCGUCCUAGUAAUCUGGUUCAGGAGACCAAGACAGUGGCGCCCAGUUUGACCCCCAUUCCUCAACAGCGGGGAAAGCGGCAAACAACGGCAGAGCGCCUUCAGCCUGGAACAUUCUACUCCCACACCAACAACUACUCGUAUGUGUUUCCUGGAGCUCAGGUUUUCUGGAAUAACGAUUACAGCGACGACGACGACGAGGAAGAAGAUAAAGGCCACAAUAGGCACGGUGAUCUUUUCGGUAACGUAGAUGAAGAUGAGGAUGAGGAUGCCUGUGAUCUGAAUGCCGUUCCAUUGUCACCUUUGCUUCCGCCCUCGCUGGAGGCCCACAUUGUCACCGAGAUAGUUAAUGGUGCCGACGAACCUGUGUCAAACAGCAGUCCCUGUCAGAAGCGACCCGCCUGCAUCAUUGAACAGCAGCCAGCAGCCAUCCUACCACCCUCAGUUGAGACAGAAACACCGCCUUUUAAGAAGCGGCGACCUAGCGAAGAACAUGGGCAGCAAACGCAAAUAGAAAUAUCGGAGGAGAGUCCGCCUCCAGGACAAUUAGCAGUUGUGUAAACGUAAUUUUAGCUGCUUAUAUUGUAGUAUUUAUUUUUAAAGCGAUUUAAACCAACUUGUAAACACGACAAAAACAAUGUCCACAGAAACUCCGAAAUCGAUGAAAAGGGCCAUGUUACCAAUUUUAUUUCCAAAAAACUGAAAUCGGAAUUGAUACAAUUUUUAAUACUUGUGUUAAAAGUUGCAUCUUUUUGAUUCCGGUUUUACAGAAAUUUUUAAGAAAUGAACCAGGAGAUAGGACUAGUUUAUUCAAUUCGAGGCUUUAGACAUCUGACCCUCGUUGCUUUACACCCACCCCUAACGUCCCCAUCCCGUUUUGAUAUUUUUGCAAAAGCUCUUAGUUUAUUUAUUAUCUCUCUUCAAAACGAAAUGCUGUAAAUGUUAGUAUUUUAUUAUAUUAAGUUGUUAUUGAGGCCUUUUUAGAUAAACGAGAAGAGGAAAACGGAAAGUUGAAAAAUCCUCUGGAAAGCAGGGUUUUUUGCAUUCAAAGAGUACCAGCGCCUCAACUUUAAAUCUAGGAUUAAGCAUAAAAUAAUCGUAACUAUGAAACUACACCCAGAAAACACAACACUUAGAUUUAUUUAAGAACUAGACACAAACACUCUGUAUAUAAGCACUCGCCCUUUAUUUGUAUUGUACAUGGUCCCUUUUCUACUUGUUUGUGUUAUCCCUUUCUUUUUAUAUUUUUAUUGGUUAUGGCAACUAUUUUCCAACAUAAAUACACAUACACUUGCACCCACAUCAGAUUUGAUCAGCAUAUAUAUGUGGUCAUACAGAAAUGAAUACAAGUUUGACAUUUGGUGUGCGUGCUUGAAAUGUUUAAUCAAAAAUUAGCAUAAAUAUUUAGCCACCAAACGCAGUGUAAACAUAGCAGUAAGAAUUUAGUCUAUAUGUCAUAAAAGUGUAUUAAUCCAAAAUAUAAAACAAUCUACAAAACUUUAAAAA